CAUAAAAAAGAGGAUCACCAGCCUAUACUUCAUGUUCCAUCCAUCAUCCCCAUCAUAGUGUUUGCUUGCUUACUUGCUUGCCACUAAGAAAAACAUGGGAUAUAUAAUCUUAUUCUGAACGAGGAAUAUUAAUCUAUGCGCUGUUGCAGGUACGGGAGGCUGUUCCGGACGCACAUCUUGGGCUGCCCGACGGUGGUGUCCAUGGACCCCGAGCUCAACCGCCGCAUGCUGCUGCAGGGCGAGGCCGGCGGCCUGGUCCCGGGCUACCCGCAGUCCAUGCUCGACAUCCUCGGCCGCAACAACAUCGCCGCCGUGCACGGCCCGCUGCACCGCCACAUGCACGGCGCCAUGCUCGGCCUCGUCGGCCCCGUCGCGCUCCGGCAAAGCCUCCUCCCCAAGAUCGACGCCUUCAUGCGCUCACAUACCUCCGGCUGGGCAGGCAGCGUCGUCGACGUCCAGGCCAAGACCAAGGAGAUGGCCUUGCUAUCUACACUCAGGCAGAUCGCCGGCAUCACGGCCGGCCCACUCUCCGACGCCCUCAAGGCAGAGCUGUAUACCCUUGUGCUCGGCACCAUCUCCUUGCCCAUCAACCUCCCAGGGACCAGCUACUACCAAGGCUUUCAGGCAAGGAAGAAGCUCGUGUCCAUUCUAGAGCAGAUGAUCACGGAACGGCGAUCCUCUGGUGAUGCUCAUGAUGACAUGUUGGAUGUUCUCUUGAGAAGCGGCGAUGACGGGACCAGGGAUAAGAUUAGCGACGAGCAGAUCAUUGACUUGCUCAUCGCCCUCAUCUACUCCGGAUACGAAACCAUGUCGACCACUUCGAUGAUGGCCGUCAAGUACCUAUCGGAACAUCCGCUGGCCCUCGAAGAACUUAGGAGAGAGCAUCUUGAUAUCAGGAAGGGAAAAUCGCCGGACGAAGCCAUCAACUACGAUGAUUUCAAGUCCAUGGCCUUCACUCGAGCUGUCAUUUUUGAGACGCUAAGAUUAGCCACUGUUGUUAAUGGACUGCUGAGGAAAACUACAAAGGAUGUAGAAAUGAAUGGGUAUGUCAUUCCAAAAGGCUGGAGAAUCUAUGUUUACACAAGGGAGAUAAACUAUGAUCCGUUCAUGUAUCCUGACCCGAUGACCUUCAAUCCGUGGAGAUGGCUGGAGAAGAACAUGGAAUUGCACCCGCACUUCAUGUUGUUCGGAGGGGGCGGCCGGAUGUGCCCCGGGAAGGAGGUGGGAACUGUGGAGAUCACGACUUUCCUCCCCUAUUUCGUGACCCGAUAUAGAUGGGAGGAAGAAGGCAAGAACACAAUCUUGAAAUUUCCCCGGGUGGAAGCUCCCAACGGGCUGCAUAUCCGAGUUCAAGAUUACUGAACUCUUGCAACAAACAUUUUGCAGAGUUUAGAUAGAUAUGCCAAAGACAAAGACGAUGAGGGCGCGAUUCUGCGCUGAUGAAUAGAUUAGAUUAGAAAUUUGAUGCCUGUAAAAAUAUAGGAACAUAGGGAUAGUAUAGAUGUUAUAGGUUCACUAGGUAGCUGAGGUAGAAGGCAAAAAGAUGCUCCUGUGUUCUUUUGUUCUACCAAUUCUGAAAUCGACAAAGGCGUAUGAUGUGAA